AUGGAAGACGGUGGAAACCAUGAUCAAUGGGACCUUUACCUGAAUGGUAUGGGAGAGGAGGAUGCUGUUGCUGCCAAGUCAGUGGACCUUGCUCGCGAUUAA